UGCGGCGUUGUUCCUUCUUCGUUCUGCCGCCAUCAUUGUGUGAAAGUGAUAGAAGAGGUUGGUUUGGGAUUCGAGUGCUUUGAAGUGAUUUUUCUCAGUGUGGUUAUCACGUUGCAUCGCGAGCCGCACAAAUGAAGAUGGUAGACAAAAUAGAAAUGAGCCUGGACGACAUAAUAAAACAAACGAAGGGAUCGCGGGUGCGCGGCGGCGGUGGCGGUAGACGAGGCCGCGGUGCCGGCGGUUCGCCCCGUCGUGGAGCACGCAGAUCGCAGAGACCUGGCAGUGGCGUUAUGCGGGGACGCAAUCGUGGCGGUAUUGCGCGUAGCACACUACCAUAUACGAGGGGUGAUAUAAAUAGUGCCUGGAAACAUGAUAUGUUUGAUGGUGUAAAAAAAGUUGGUCGCGGGGCACUAGGCAAUGCAGGAACUACAAAACUUUUGGUAUCAAAUCUUGAUUUUGGUGUAUCAGAUUCAGAUAUACAGGAGUUAUUUAGUGAAUUUGGACCUUUAAAAUCUGCAGCAGUACAUUAUGACAGAUCGGGUCGAUCUUUAGGUUCUGCAGAUGUUAUAUUUGAAAGACGGGCAGAUGCUAUUAAAGCGAUGAAACAAUAUCAUGGAGUACCACUAGAUGGUCGUGAAAUGAACAUACAAGUUGCCACUUCUGAACUACCAGUAACUACUGUUCGUGGUGGUCUGAGACUUAGUGGUACCAAUUAUACACAGAGACCACAGACUCGCUUUAGAGGAAAUCGCAGUACAGGACCUAUCAGAGGUCGUGGCAGCGGACGACGCGGAGGUAGAGGCGGUCCACGGCAACCAACAAAGACACCCACAGCUGAAGAACUAGAUGCAGAAUUGGAGGCUUACGUGAAGGAAGUCAAGUAACAACAUUAAAAACGUCCCGUUUUGCUCUUUGUUCGAAUUUUUGUUCAAUCUGGUUUUACCGCAAUUUAUACAUACAUCGUUGUCCUUAGUUUCAUGAGACAUACUAAAAUAUAAUCCUAACAUUUAUAAGAUUUUGAGAGUAAACAAUGUCAUAAGAGAGAAUUCUUAAUCUUAGUUUUUAUUUUUGACUAUUCUAUCGAGAAGUGACAUACGGAAACAGAUUUUUCCGAUCUAUCUUCAUCGGUAUGAACAUUCAUCAGUCUUUUUAUGAUACACAAUAACAUAAUGUUGGCGAAGGAUUGUAAAGACUGUAUGAAUUUGUGUAUGUAUACUUUCGUGAGAGUGUGAAUUAUCUCAUAUGAUAAAUAUAAUGGAAUUUAUCUCGAA